CUGAAAUGACAAGCGGCACUACUGGAAAGAAGCCGGCCAAACAAGAUCGACCUGAAGCUGCCCCGAGGGGAGGGAGUUGGGGACCUGGGUCUUCUUGGCUGGUAUCUCCUGCCUACAGUGUGGUGUGAAGGUAUGGAUCAGAAGCCGAACCAAGGAGCUGCGCUGCUACCGCUACUACAGCUUCUGUGGCUGCUGCCCUACUCCUGGGCCCUCCCCGCAGCUCACACUCCGGUGUGGCAGGAGGACCUGCAGAACCACACGUUCCGGCACACGGUAUUCUGCCAAGAAGGGUCUCCCACGAUUGGGCUCUCUGAGAGCUAUGACGAGGACCAGCUUUUCUCCUUCAAUUUUGCCACGAGCACCCGGGUGCCUCGCCUGCCUGAAUUUGCUGACUGGGCCGAGGACAAGAGUGAUGCCUCUGCCAUUGCAUUUGACAAAAAAUUCUGCGAGACUAUGAUCCAACAACUAGACCCGUACUUCGAUGGGAAAAUCCCAGUGUCCAGAGGCUUCCCUGUCCCUGAGGUGUUCACGCUGAAGCCCCUGGAGUUUGGCAAGCCCAACACGCUGGUCUGCUUCGUCAGUAACCUCUUUCCCCCGACGCUGACGGUGAACUGGCAGCAUAAUUCUGAGCCGGUGGAAGGAGUUGGGCCCACUUUUGUCUCAGCCCUCGGCGGACUCAACUUCCAAGCCUUUUCCUAUUUAAAUUUCACACCGGAACCCUAUGACCUUUUCACGUGCCUGGCGACUCAUGAAAUUGAUGGCUACACAGCAGUUGCCUAUUGGGUGCCCCACAAUGCUCUGCCCUCGGAUCUCCUGGAGAAUGUGCUGUGUGGUGUUGCCUUUGGCCUGGGUGUGCUGGGUAUCAUCGUGGGCAUUGUCCUCAUCGUCUACUUCCAAAGGCCCUGCGCAGGUGACUGAUUCCUCCGGAUUCGAGUUUGAUGCCAACAGCGCCUCCAAGCAGAGGACACUCAGCUGCUCACGUCGGGUCCAGGAGCUUUCCUCAGAGCAGGAAAAAUCCCUGACACUGCCAGAGGGAUGCUGACUAGGUGUCUCAGGUGGGGCAGUGCUGUUCCUUGGUUUUGCAUCCUGAGGAGCCCACAGCAGCGCAGCACAAACGCCUCCUCACUUCAGGGCAAUAAAACUCAGUCCUUGGUUCUUAA